AUGCUAGAAAGUUCAGAGAUUUCCAAGAGCUCCACAUAUGUGAUUUCAUUCAGAAAUUCACCUGCACACAUCCAGGGUGACUACAGCCACCUGGUUUCCAAGCUGGCACCUGUGGCAUCAGAGACCAUGGCCGGGGACAGAAUUCCCAAGGCAGCCAGGAAUUUCCUACAAAUAUACCGGGAUGUCCAGGACCAGGGCCCAGAGCUGCUAGGGGACAGUAGCUUGGAGGGACAUCCCUGGGGACCAGGACGCCUCUCGUUCUGCCAUCAAUCUAGGGCAAGCCACGGACCAGCCUCCCCACUGCGGCCGCGCCUGCUCAGCUCAGCUCCGCCGCUCAGCAGCCGCCAGCCUUGCGCGUGGGAAUCCCUAGAGCCGGCGGCAGGGUGGGGGGCGCUGCACCCAACCGCGGCGAGCGACACCCCGCCCCGCCCCGCCCCGGACAGGGCUGCCCCCGCGUCGCCGGCUGCGGGCCCCGAGCCAGACAAGGAGAUGGGUUCCGCUGGGAUCCGGACUCGCCAGACCCGCCGGACUGGCCACAUGGCCCUCGCCCGACUGCGGCUGCUGCUGCUGCUGGGGCUGCUCUUGCGCUCAAGCCCCGGGGGAGCCGGAAUGGAAACUCCAAGUAUGCAGAAACCCUCUAACGUGACUGGCUAUGUGGGCCAGAAUGUGACACUGCCCUGUAGGCUGAGGGUUCUGGAGCCAGGCAUACACGUGAGCCAGUUCACCUGGGAAAACCAGCAGCUGGAGGGGGCUCUCCAGCAUGUAGCCACCUUUCACCACGAUGGCAGAACCUUUUCCAGGGAACCCAGGAGAAUGAGGUUCGUGGCUGCCAAGGCCGGCGGGAACCUGACAGACGCCAGCCUGAUGCUGUCAGACCUGCGUGUUGAGGAUGGAGGGUUCUACAAAUGCAGCAUAGCUACCUUCCCGCGGGGCACGAUCGUCAUCAAAACCCAGCUGCUGGUGUUGGCCUCACCUCAAAACAAGGUGGAGCCACAGCAGGUGUUGCCUCCGCUGAGGCCCGGGGAGCCCGUGCCGGUGGCCCUCUGUGCAUCCAAGAGGGGCUGGCCCCCUGCCAAGCUCUCCUGGCAGCUCGAUGACUCAGCCCUGAAUGAGACGAUCAAAGAGACCCAGGAGCAAAAGCAGGAGCCCCUGUCCGGCACGGUCAACGUGACCAGCCUCCUGCUGAUGGUGCCCUCCAGGAGCACAGAUGGCAAGAGAGUCACUUGCAGAGUGGAGCACGACACUCUGGCGGAGCCGGACCUGCUGCACAUGACCCUCUCCGUGCCCUAUCCGCCUGAAGUGUUCAUCUCUGGCUAUAAUGAAGACUGGUAUUCUGGCCAAAAAAAUGCCACCCUCAGCUGUGACAUCCACAGCAACCCAGAGCCUGUAACUGUGGACUGGAACACGACCACGGGAACCCUGCCACGCUCUGCGGAGGUCCAGGGCCGGAAGCUUCUGUUCCGCAAUGUUGAUGAGUCCAUCAACAACACCAUGUUUACUUGCCUGGCCAUCAACGCCAUGGGGACUGGCCAGCGGAAUGAGACCAUCCUGCUGAAAGAGCCGCCGCCUCCCCGGGAGCGGGAGCCGUCAGCAGACCGAACAGACAUCUUCACUGUGCUCCGUGAGAUCGGUGUGAUCUGUGGGAUCGGGAUCGCGAUCGGGAUCGUGAUCGGGAUCGUGAUCGCGGGUUUCAAGGUUUAUCGCCCACGCCGCAGGGCCCGCAAUCAGACCCAGUCCAGAUCCUCAACGAACGGAGAUCCAGUUGAACAGGACCAAGUGCCCUUUCCAGUCCAGAACACAGAAGAGGACACAGGUGACACAUCAGGACUGAGUGACACAGGGGGCUGGCUGACCCUACCGACGUGGCUGAGGCGCUUCCAAAGGGACCAGCCACCUAGUCCCACCAGACCUCAAGCUGUGCCUUUAUCUCCCAGGGGGUAGGGGAGGUGAGUGGGCAGCAUAUCCACUGAGCUCAAGAACACUGUCUACUCCUGGACACUGUGAAUCAUGGUAAAGCAAUAAGGAUUAGAAUCAACCAGAGGCCGGGCGUGGUGGUGCACGCCUGUAAUCCCAGCACUCAGGAGGCUGAGGCAGGAGGAUCUUUAUGAGUUCAAGAUCAUCUUGGGUUAAAAGUGAACUCAAGGCCAGCCUGAACUGCAUAGCGAUACCUUGUCUCAAAAAAAGACAGAGAAAAAAAUCAGCCACAGGACAAGCAGCACAAGCAGAGGACGUCGGAGACCAGCCCUACCUUUCAACUGCGUGCCCCAGAGGAGACAGCACUGACUCGCCCGGUGCUGGAGAACCCAAGAAAUCAGAGUGACCCAUGGGGAACAAGUAUUAUGUCCAGGAUUUUAGAUGCACAUUGACCUAGCCAAACUCACAUUCCAAGUGUGCUGGGCAUUUGAACAAAGGGAAGUUUCUAGUUUUGUACCUUUGGCUCAGCGGGGUGAUCUUUAGAAACUGGUAGAGGGAAUAGUGAGGGUACAGAAGCAAGACAGAGCAAUUAAUAACUGUCUUUGUUACUUUUCUCAUUACUGUGACAAAAUACCUGAUGCUCAAAGUUAAGGAAGAAAAGGUUUAUUCAGUCCACAAUUUGUAGAGAUUUCAGUCCAUAUUUGGCUGGCACAUGGCAGAGGGGCAUCAGUUCUUGGUGGCAGAAGACAGUGAAAACAUCAAGAACAAAAAAGGGGAAAACAAGCCUCUUAUAUCUUCUCCAGACUGCUGGGACUAGGGCAGUGCCAAUCCAGUUGGUAGCCUGAUCCAGCAAUCCCUCUUAGUUAAUCCCAGCACUCCACUGUGAAUCAAUCGCAAACUCUAGAUUCCAUUAGCUACCUCUGAAAAACAUGAGGUUUUGGGAGACAUCUAGCCAUAAACUAUAGCAAUAACUUAGCCUUAUAAGAAGACAGAGCCUUACGAGUCCUGUGAGAACAAGAUAACAUAAAUUCUGCUUACAGGACAUAGAUGCCAGCUUUUUUUCUCAUUUUUAUUUAUUUAUUGAUUGAUUUUGUCUUUUUGAGACAAGGUGUCACUAUCCAGUUCAGGCUGACCUUGAACUCUCAGACUCUCAGGGAUCUUCCUGCCUUAGCCUCUCACGUGCUGGGAUUACAGGCCUGCACCACAGUGCCUGCCCAUAGUUGCCAAUUUUAUCUGCACCAGAACAAGAUAUUAUAGCUAAAGGGGAAGGGCUCAAGGAGGCUUGAUCUUUAAAUCCUACUUAACUCUUCCCUUCCAUGCUGUCUGUAAAUUUUAACAGAGAGCAUCAGUGUCACGACGGGUAAGUGGGCUGGCUUCCUACUGGGUAGAGGGAGAAUCAGUCCAUUAGUGUUAUUGUGUCUCUCUGCUGAUUCUCAAGCUUCAGCCAUGGGUAGGCCAGUCAGCUUCUCGAGUGACCUGGCAGAGGUGCUGUCUCUAGUAGCAGUGGGGGUGGUCCAGAUUACAGUCUGGGGCCCACCCCACACGAGUUCUUUUAUUUCUAUCUUUUUAAUCAAAACAAAGUCCCCAGGUUGGAAUGGGUAUAUUGGGUCUGCAGGCUUACGAGUGUUUAUUUCCUUGUACAGUUACAGAUGUCUUACAAAGCUAUUUUUAAGUGUAUCUAUCCUUUUCUAAUUGACAGAGAUCACCCUUAGUUUACCUAUGUUUGAGGGAUGCCCGCUGAACUGGAUUUUGUAAGGGGAAUACUCUGGAGGGCAUGUGUCAGACUCAGAAGAGGAAUGAGCAGGACUUGGACUCAUCCUGAUGAGUUUCUUUCUUUUUUUUUCUUUAAAAAGAGAAGAAAAAAAAAAAAAGAAAGGACAUAAAAAAAAACAUUGUAGUAAAAGGGUACAAAUAAUACAGUAUUUCAAGAAAAAAAUAUAUACAGUACGAAAUCACCAGUUAAUAGGUUACAUAUUAUCUUCCCAGAAACAGUUGUCCAUAUCACUAAAUUAAAGCAUAUAAAGUAGACAUUCAUACAGUGAAAUUGGAGACAGUUCCGUUCAAUGAUCCAACAAAAGCUCAGUUAUAUGGUUUUCCAUCCUACACACUCGAAAAUACCUGCUGUUAUAUCCCUUAGUCCACCUUACUUUCCUCUCUUUUUUACAGUAACAAUUAGACUUUUAGGGUUUUAUUACUCUCACGGUUCUUAUUACUUUUUUGGAGAGAAUAAAACCAAAUGUGACUAAGCAAAACAGAGUCAGUUAGAACAGAAGGGUGGGCAUAGCACAUGAUGCAAAAAUAGAAUUCCAGGUGAUCAAAAGUGGUUACCAUUGUGCCUCUUGCUAUUUUUAAAUUGAGUUGUCUAUAUCAUCAGGUAUAAUAGAAUUGAUCAAAACAAUAUGGAACAAAACCAAUAAAAUCUACACUGAGGACCUUAUAGGACUUCAAAAAAAAAGGAUGAUAGUCAAUCCAUAUUGGGCAUCAUAGUAUAUCUUAUUGCCUUCAAAGAGAUUGCCUAUACCCUGAAACUUGAUACUAUCAAACAAAAUAGAAUAUAUAAUAAUCAGACAGAACAAGAUGAGGAGAGCAAUACUGGGGUUCAAGUCAGGUUAAUAAGACUACAAAAAAGUUACUAUAAUAUGUCCCGUUAUUUUUAAUUUAGUUUUCCCUUAAUUAAAAAAUGAGAGAAAAUAGAUUAAUUUUAAAAAGGGGGGAGAUUGAGAUAAGAGAGGACAUUGUAAUAGAACUACGCAGGGCAGAACUGAGCAAUUCAAGCAUCACUGUGUUUCACCACCAGAUAAUCUAACAUAAUAGUAGUCACCAUAGUGCCUCUUUCCUUAAAUUAUUUGAGUGUAACUUUGUGUGCUAUAAUAUUGUUGGGCACAGGCGCUCAACAUACCAUACCCCACCCGGGACAAAGGACCACGUCAGCUUCCGCAGUGCACCAUGUCCCAUCCCAACCCUGCCUCCUCGUGGCAGCCUGUGAUUGUCACGCCCGAAUAUAUAAGCCAGAGCCCGUGGCAAUAAAGCAGCAGUUCCUGUUAUCAGUAA